AUGUCUAAGAGACGUCUUUUCCUGUUUGGAACAUGUUUCAUAGUUGUCAAGGAUAAUUUUAAUUUUGCGCCAUCAUAUUUUAUUCAUAUAGUUAUUUUUAUAUUCAAUUGGAUAAAGCUUUUAUUUAUUAAUGUUUUAUAUAAUUAUUUAAAAUUGAUUUUAGAUUUUGAAUAUAUAUAUAUGAAUAGUAUACGACUACUUUUUUUUAUAUUAUCAUUUUUAUUAUAUAGUUAUUGUAAUAGAUUUAAUUAUAUAAAAAAUGACAAAAAGCUAGAAAUAAUUUCUUCAAAUACAUGGAAAGUAAUUCGUGUUUUUCCAGAAAAUGAUAAACAACAACAAUUUAUUCUUGAAUUAUUCAAGAAAUCAACAGAACUAGAGUUAAAUUUUUGGAAAGCACCAUAUUUGUAUCUUGACUUUUCUGAUAUUAUGGUUCCACCAUCAAAGACAUUCUUUAUUAAUGAUUUAUUUAUAAAAAAUAACAUUAGCUAUAUAACAUUAAUCAAUGAUGUUGAAAAAAAGAUUCAUGAAAAAGAAAGAAAAUCACGAUUGAACGUUACUUUAACAGGAAAUAAUGAAGUAGAUUCAUUUUUAAAAUCAAGACUAAAAGACGAUAUAUUUAAAUCAUUUAAUAAGGCAAAAUAUUCUUUUGGUGAAUAUACUGAUUAUAAUGAUAUAAUAAGAUGGUUAAAUGACAUUGAAUAUCAUUACCCACAAAUUUCUAAAGUUUUUACAAUAGGAAAGACACAUGAAGGAAGAGAUAUUAAAGGUAUUAAAAUUGGUGAUCCUAUAGAAAAUUCAAAUAAAAGAGGUGUCUGGAUUGAUGGUGGUAUGCAUGCCAGAGAAUGGGCAGCAGUCCAUACAGCAUUAUGGUUUAUAGAACAAUUAAUAACAAAAUAUAAUGUUGAUAAACAAAUAACCGAUUAUGUUAAAACAUUAAAUUUUUAUAUUUUACCUGUUGCUAAUCCUGAUGGGUUUGAAUAUACCAAGUCAGAUAUUACACCUACAGUCAGGUUAUGGAGAAAAAAUAGAGGUGAGGAAAUUUGUAAAAAAGAUAAAUGGAAAAGAUUAAAAUGUUGUAGUGGAGUUGAUUUAAAUAGAAAUUUUGAUUUUCAUUGGGCUGAAUCAGGUUCGUCUGAUGAUUUAUGUUCUGACAUCUAUCAGGGAAAAAGUGUUUUUAGUGAACCAGAAUCUCGGGCUAUUAGAGAUAAAUUAUUAAGUUCUGAAUUGUAUGGAAAAAUAGAUGCAUUUAUUAGUUUACAUACAUAUUCACAAAUGUGGAUUCAUCCUUUUAAUCAUCAAAGACAUUCUUUUCCAUAUGAUAUAAAUGAUUUAAGAAAAGUUGGAGAAGCUGGAGUUAAAGCAAUUGAAAAAGUAUAUGGAACUAAAUUUAAAUUUGGUACUGGUGCUGAUAUUUUAUAUCCUUCUGCAGGAGGUUCUGAUGACUGGGCAAAAGAUAAAGCUAAAGUUAAAUAUGUUUAUUUGUUAGAAUUAAGGCCUGGUGAAGAAGAAUGGGAAGGUUUUCUUUUAGAUAGAUCUCAAUUAAUUCCUACAGGAAAAGAAACAUGGGAAGGUGUUAAAGUUGUAAUUGAUGCUGUUCUUGAAGAAUCAAAAGCAAAAACAAUUUCAACAAAUGUUAAUAUAGGAGUUAGUAAUCAACAGGUUUCCCAAAAAAUAAGUAAUAAUUUAUCUUCAAGAGUAAAACCUCAAUUUGUUCGAUUAGGAAAUACGCAACGUGUAAUUGGAUCCGUUGAAUCAAAUAGUAACAAACCAGUUAAUAAAAUUUUAUCGACAGGUGUAUCAUUAAGAACUGGAUUACAUAGACAAGUACAGGAAGUACGUGAUCGUCAACUUCAGGCAAGAAAACUUUUUGAAGAAAAACAAAAGCAACGUGAAUUACAACAAAGAAUGUUUUUAGAAGAAAGAAGAAAGCUUAUUGAAGAAAAACAACGUAAAGAAAUGGAACAAAGGCAAUUCAAUGAAAGACAAAAUAAUCUACGUCAACAAAUUAAUUCUUUCUCAACUUCUCAGUCUCAAACUGUUGGUUGUUAUGAUAAAUCAUCAUGGUGUAGUCAUUGGAUACAACAAGCUCCAUCAAUAUGUCAGACAUCUCAUAUCUACAUGUUUCGGGAUUGUGCUCGUUCAUGUAAUUUUUGUUGA